GGGGAGCUGAAGUCCUGCGUGCUGCAGAUCGCGGGCGUGGGGGCGCGGGGGUGCCAAGCGGGGCUCUGUUUUCCCGGCUCGCUUCCGGCGUCAUGGCUCAGAGGGCCUUCCCGAAUCCUUAUGCCGAUUAUAACAAAUCCCUGGCCGAAGGCUACUUUGAUUCUGCCGGGAGGAGAGGUAUUGCUGUGCUGUACUUACAUCUCUAUGAUGUGUUCGGGGACCCUGCCUACCUACAGAUGGCACUUGGCUACGUAAAGCAGAGCCUGAACUGCUUGACCAAGCGCUCCAUCACCUUCCUGUGCGGGGACGCCGGCCCCCUGGCGGUGGCGGCCGUGCUGCAUCACAAGAUGAAGAACGAGAAGCUGGCUGAAGAUUGCCUCACGCGGCUGAUUCAUCUAAAUAAGGUCGAUCUGCAUGCUCCAAAUGAAAUGCUGUAUGGACGAAUGGGUUACAUCUACGCGCUUCUGUUUGUGAAUAAGCACUUCGGAGAGGAAAAGAUUUCUCAAAGCCAUAUUCAGCAGGUUUGUGAAGCAGUUUUAGCCUCUGGAGAACACCUGGCUAGAAAGAGGAACUUCACGCCCAGGACUCCACUGAUGUAUGAGUGGUACCAGGAAUAUUAUGUGGGGGCUGCGCAUGGCCUGGCGGGUAUCUAUUACUUCCUGAUGCAGCCCAGCCUGCAGGUGAGCCAGGCGAACUUACAUACUUUGGUCAAGCCCAGUAUAGACUACGUCUGCCGGCUGAAGUUCCCGUCUGGCAAUUAUCCUCCAUGUGUGGACGACAGUCGAGAUCUGCUUGUCCACUGGUGCCACGGGGCCCCCGGGGUGAUCUACAUGCUCAUCCAGGCCUACAAGGUGUUCAAAGAAGAACAGUAUCUCAGUGGUGCCUACCAGUGUGCUGAAGUGAUCUGGCGGUAUGGCUUGCUGAAGAAAGGGUACGGGCUGUGCCAUGGCGUGGCGGGGAAUGCCUACGCUUUCCUGGCCUUGUACAACCUCACACAGGAUAUGAAGUACCUGUACAGAGCCUGCAAGUUUGCUGAGUGGUGCUUGGAUUAUGGAGAGCACGGCUGCAGGACACCGGACACCCCCUUCUCCCUCUUUGAAGGAAUGGCUGGAACAAUCUAUUUCCUGGCCGACCUGCUAGUCCCCAUGAAAGCCAAGUUCCCUGCAUUUGAACUGUGAAAGAAAAGCAUGCGCCCUGCAGCUCACCGCAUGACCCUCUCUGUGUAUUCAAACCUGGGCUAAGUGCUUUCAUUGCUUUCCAUGGAAACACAGGGUCAAACUGUGCAUUUGAUUGAGUUGUCCUUUCUUUUCUGAGCUUACCCUUCAUUUAGUUCCUAUUCCUUACCAUUUGCUUUUAUUUCAAAGUAUGCAAGGAAAUACGUUAACUUCAGUGAUUUCUUCCUAAAGGGAGGACAGGUGGGAUGUACAGUAAUUUGAGGGCCUACAUACAUACAGAUCUAUUGAAAUUGGGAUGAAUGCUUACUCUUAUUUAAGUGUAUGAGUAUGUUACGAUUCUAGGAAUUUAAAAAGAAACUAAAUGUAGUUAAAGAUGGGUGGAAGCUCCUGAUGGCAUGCUGCCCCCACCCCGUCUCUGAAGUUUUCCCGCCCCCGGUGGUCAGGCCGCUUUCUGACUGUAUCUCUAGGGGGUGGGUUAGGAAAGGGGACGCACCGUAACCUGCACUUGCAGAAGAGGACCUGGGCGAGGCACCUAGUGACCAUCCCUCCAUUCACACUGGCUGUUUACACUGAACGGACUCUCAAAUAUGCCCCUGUUUUGUUGGUGGUAAGGCAUCCUGGCUCCAUGGUGAGCAUUUUUUAUCAAAAACUUCUACAACGGAUGAUCCCUUUCAGAAUUCUGAUUUGCAGUUUGGCUCCCAGGAGCCCCGUUACUGGGUCACGUCCUCUCGAAAAGAAUCCCGGGCCACUUGAAGUACUUAGUGAAAGCUAUUUGUCCGGUUAUUAGUACUCACCCGGGGCCAGGAAGCAGGGUCCACGUGUGAGGAUUUUGUGGCCAGAAUUGCCCUUCACCCGCCCAGCCGACCUCAGCUUUGACUCCAGCCUUCCUUCAUUUGCAGUGGCUGUGCUGCAGUGCCGGCUGAGCUGAACGCCGUAAGGGAUUUGCACUCCCAUGAAUUUAUCUCAGUGAUGAUCUUUUCACCAUAUAAUUGCAUCACUCUACUUUUCCUUAAUCGGGGGAAAGACUAGGUAGCCAGUAACUUGAAUUAGACAACCAGGCUUGUGAUGGAAGUGUGUGAUGUGUUUGAAACCAGAAGAUAUCUAAGGCUUCCCCUUUCCUCGCUGUCUGGGGCUCCGAGUCUGGCCUUGCUACCGGAGCGGCUGAGCCCUGGGGCCUCGCGCUCGGCGCCACUGUCUGACUCCUCGGCUCCGCCUCCUCCGGGGCUGCGUUUUCAGGCCUCUUUUGCUUCUUAUGUGUUCACUGAUCUAAGGCCACGUUGUGGCUUUGUUAAAAAACCACAGGGUUUAAGAACUUUAAAUGUGCCUCUUAAAAUUCUCUGGAUCCGAAAAGUAUGCUGUUUUUCGUGCAACUUUGAACCAAACCCCCACUGUGUGAAUGUAGCUUCCUUGGGAAGUAGCCCCCGAUUAUUUCCCAUGGAGCACCAAACUAAAUAGCUAAUGCUACUGGAAGUUGACUGGCCCUUACAAGGCGCCCGACAGUGGGAUCUGAAGACCAGCCCCCACGGCUCAGGUCUGAGGAUUGGCCUUUCAUCCUUCUGUGGCAGGUGCAAUUUAGGGGCUACGUUGUGCCCUGGGCUUCUGAGGGGAUGCUGACUGGUAAGCUGUGCGCACUCUGUACCUCUCUUGUGAGAGUUUCAGAUCCAGUGUCGGCAUUCACAGUCGUAGGGAGAAGUCAGGCUCAGCGAAAUGAAUUUGCUCUGUAGCUUGAAAGAAGAAAAGCCCAGUUUAGAGAAAUGUCUGUGUGGAAGGUUUCUGCGCCUUUAGCCCCUGCAGCCCCUCGCCCCGGGGAAAAGGAACAAAACACACCUUCCUGCUGGCCCCAAGAGACUGGGGCGCACUGCUUCUCCAAGCUUCUCAGCUGUUGUCACCCCGGGAGGCUUUCCGGCAGGGAGAGGAAGUUCGAUGAAGGAGACUCUUGUUAAGAGCUGGACAGCCGUUUGACUACUGUUACCCAUUAAGGAAUUCACCGAUACAAACGAAAUUCAAAGGUUCCCCCCACCCAGUGUUUUUAGGAGCCAAAGAAGUUUUGAUGGAAAUUUCCACUCAGGCAAAGGCUGCAAAGCUGAGACCCAUACCCUGAUACUAUGGUCGAAUCAAAAAGUAACUUUUGUACUAGCUCUUUUCGUUUUUAUUGUUUCAUUUCUAUUUCUGGGUUACAUUUUCCCCCAUAGAUGACUCUCUUUUGGAUUAAAAAAUAGAUAAAAAUCCCAGAAGUCACUUUCCAGAGAGCUGCACAGCAUCUCUUUGUCCACGCAACGAGAGCGGUGGGGUUGCAGGCGCCCGUCGGGCAGUGUUCGAGUCUCCUCGUGUGCUUUGCGCGCCUGCAGUGAUGAGAGCCGCAGCAGCGGGUGACUUUCCUCAUGCGGGAGGGAACGAUCUUGACCCCUCCUGUAGAUCCUCACCUGGCUACCGGGACUCACCCGAGUCCACGUCUUCAAUCCAGGGCAUCAUGUGCUCCUCUUUCAUCGUUGAUGCCAAUUACAGUUAUUUGGCAUUAAAAAGGCCUUUGUGAUAGGUAGAAUUCGAGGUAAAAGUCGGUCCCAGGCCAUUUUCCCCCCCUUAUUAACUUCCCUAAAUAACUGCUCCUCUGUCCUCAGGCUGAUUUGUGUCUGAUUCUGUCAUGCCCAGCGGAUUCUGAAAUACAGAAUGUGAAGGGUGAGCACUUACAAAAGAGCCUGCUCUUUUGGCUCCAAGAACUCCUCUAGUUUUUUAUGGCUCAUCCUAGGUCUGGUUCUAGUUCUGCCUCCCCCAAAGAGGUCAGAGCACCCAUUGCUGUAUUUUCAGUUUUGUUGAAGGGAAACAAGUGUGCUUGGGAUAUUCAGGGAACCCUCGGUGACGUCGCCGCGUCAGGUGUUGGCAAGGGUUAGGCUAAGAUGUACGUCGAUGUUUGUAAGGGAAGUUGGCGCGCUGGCACUGAAUAAAACUUCAUUAGCACUAGA